GUUGCAAAUAUGAAGAAGCUUCGGUGGAUUAGCCUUUAUAAUUAUCCGGCAUCUUCAUUCCCAUCAAAUUUUCAGCCAAGAGAGCUUGGUUGUCUAGAGUUGCAAUUCAGCCGACAAAAAGAACUCUGGCAUGGGUAUAAGAGUCUACCAAAUUUAAAAAUUCUUAAUCUCUCUGAUUCAAAAAACCUAAUCAAGACACCAGAUAUUGAAGGCCUUCCAUGUCUUGAAAGAUUGAUUUUAGAGGGUUGUUGGAGUUUAGAAGAGAUUCAUCCAUCAAUUGGAUAUCACAAAAGGCUUGUUUACGUGGAUAUGAGCGUCAGUUGGACGACUCCCAGGUCUCAAGUUUCUCGAUCUGUCAUGUGUUGGAACCUUGUAGAAUUGCCAGACCUCCCAUCAAGCAUAGCUAUUCUCAAAGCAGAUGGUUGUGACUCACUUGAAAGUGUAGGAGAUUUAUCAUACUAUAAAUGGUUGUGGAAAGUCUCACUUUGGGGUUGCUAUAAGUUGAUUGGUGGUGAGAGGGUACUACAUUCUAUGCUUGAGGGAAAUGCAGCUAAAGAUCGCUUUAUGAGUGUCUUACUUCCCGCGGUUGAACCAUCGUCAUGUAUUUUUGCGAGAUUAGUUACAUUGCAACUUCCAAGCAACUGGUACAGUGACUUUAGUGGACUUUUAUUAUUCUUACGUGAUCACAGUCGCGGUAAGUUGAGUUAUCGCAUAGAUAUUAAGCAGGAGACGUCCACAUAUGAUUACUCUAAAGAGUCGGAUGAAGAUUGGAAACAAUGUAAGUAUGAAAGGGUGGGUUAUGUACCCUUUAAUUCAUUGCGGCACAUCCCAUGGUUGAAUCCUACAUACACCAAAAAUAUUUUAUUUCAGACUGAUAAGGGUGGUCUUAAUGUGGAACUUGUUCGUAGUAAAAAUAAAAUAGUUGAUUUAAACGAAAACCCAAUCAAUUACUCAGAGUGUUGGGAUGAAGAAUAUAAAGAUGCAAAGACAUUUGAGAUCAUGUAUGAUUCACAGCCCUCUAAUAUUCGGAUUGUAUGGAAUCAUUAAUAGUUGACAUUGGCACUAAUGCUGCUGGUAUAUCUUCCUAGAUUUUGUUUCAAGGAUCAUCAACAACUAUUAGUAGAUCUCAGUUUCAACAUUAUUGGGCCCACAUUUUGUUACCA